AUGUUUUUUGCAAACGCCUCCAGAACGUUUGCAAGAUGUUAUUCCGCUCGUCCGGCAAUAGAUUCGGUUCUACCGAAGAAAAAGACCCUAAGUCGUCUUCUUUUCGACCACGAUUCUCGUCUCGCUUAUAAGAAGGUGAUGCCCAUCUUCACCAAUGUCUAUGAGAACCUCGAGAAUCCAACAAACAUUAGACUUCCACAUUAUACAAAGCAUCAGGACCUUAUGACACUUCGAUCGGUCUUGCGUGAUAUUAGAGCAUUGUCGAAUGCUGUCAACAAGAACUUGGUUGAUCUCGAGAACGAGUUGAUUGAACAGGCAGCAGAACUAGGCAACAACGAUGCCAUUGCAAUGUUGGCGUUCGAGGCAAUUGGACUGCCUGAGACUCUGAAAGAAGACUAUGAGUAUGCGAAUAAGCUUAUAGGAGAGCUCCAGGAUGCUAGACAUCCGCUCGUGUUCAAGUUGGCUGGAGACCUAGCGUUCUCUAAGAAUUACCAUGAACAAGCUGCCCAAUACUGGAAUGAUUUCUUGGAGCUUGAAGAUGACUCCAUUAUUGCCAGUCAUGUUUAUACGAGCUUGGGCAUGUACUAUUUCAACUUUGCCAAGCCAGAGCCUGAUUUGGCUAGAGCUAGAGUCUGCCUCGAGAAGGCCAUCAAGUUUGGUGAACUCGAUACCAGCAUUAUCAAGGCCCAUUACUACCUAGGUCAACUCUAUUCCAUGACAGACCCAAAAAGAUCGAGGUAUCACCUUGAAAUCAGUGCAUCGAAAGGUCUCCAGGAGAGUUUUCCAUCAUUGGGUUUCUUGGAGCUCAACGUCUUCGACAACCCACUGAAAGCUCUUGAAUGGUUUAAGCUCGGCGUUGAAGGUAACAACGAUAUUACGUGUCUUGUGGGCCAGUUUGAUGCACAUAUCAGAACCAAAAACUUCAAGAAGGCAUCGUCUAUUCUUGCAAACCUCCAAGGCCUCAAGAAGAAACUUGAUGGUUUCGCUAAACACAAAUUUAGAAACGUUCCAGAUGCCUUUAAAGGACACGCUGAAACAAAUUAUGCAUUGCUUGUGACAUUUUUCGAUACACGGAAAGAUGUUAUCCACAAGCUCCCAUCCCAGGUAUUAUAG